AUGAGAACAAAACCUUUAAUCGGAGGAUCGACACUGACUGAAGAACAAGUCUUGGAAAUAACGAAUGCUAAACAGUUAGAAAAUGUCAAACGUCUCAACGUAUGGUCAUGUGAUCUAUCCGAUAUAAAAAUUAUAAGAAAGCUUCCAAACCUUGAAGUCUGCAGUGUCAGUUCCAACUUCAUUGAAUCUCUGGAGGAUUUCAAAGAUUGUGUCAGUCUGAAAGAACUCUUUGCUAGGAACAACAACAUCUCUGAACUUCACGAGAUUUGCCACUUGAAAAACCUGGUUAACUUGCGUGUUUUAUGGAUAGACAAAAACCCAGUCAGCCAACUCGAGGGUUACAGAGAGACUGUUCUCCGUGCACUUCCUCAUUUAGAAAAACUUGAUAAUCUGGUUGUGACUUCAGAAGAAGUAAGCCUGGCCCAGACAAACGGUAUGGAAAUCUGUUUACCAGAUCAGAAAGAACCAACUCCUCAUCAGCAGGAAGAGGUGCCGAGAUUCUCAAAUUGGAAAGAAGCCAUCACUCAUUCAAUUGAAGAAAUCAAUAAAGUGCGUGCAGAACAUGGCUUACCAACUCUAUCCUUGGAAAAUCUGCUGCCUGACCAUUACAUGUCCACUCACAAUUCAGAAAGGAACACUCAUAUUUUGCAAGCAGUUCUUCAACUUGUCAAAGAACUCGAUGAGCUGUCCCUGAAACUAGUCAGAAAAAGUAUUGAUCGGAAAUUGGAAACAAUGGGAGCUGUUUAA